CACUCGGUCCCCUCUUUACUCUGCCCAGUGCGUUCUCGCUCUCUCUGUCUCUCUCUCGCAGCAUCUGCUAGUGCGAAUGACCGACAAACUCAUCGAUGAGGAAGCCGAAAGGCUCUACCAACCGAGCAAAUGGUCCCUGAGAUUCCCCACGUCGGAGGAAGUGCUGGAUAAUCAUAUGAAAAUAAUCCGUGAAGAGAGUGAGUCAUCCCGGACCGAAGUUCUAUGCGAGCUGAAUGUCGCGUAUGGAUUAAAGCCGAGGCAGAAGGUGGAUAUUUACGGAGCCUAUCGUCUCCCGCCAGAUGCCCCUGUGCUGGUUCUCAUUCACGGAGGGUACUGGCAAAUGCUGGGGAAGGACGAAUGGGCAUUGGGGGUUCGCUCCUUCUUUCGCCACGGGAUCGUAACGAUAGUACCGGAUUACACGCUGGCCCCUAAAGCCACCAUGGAUGAGAUAGUGGAAGAAAUCCGCGCGGCUGGGAGGUUCAUCAAGAACUGGAUGACUUUGAGAGGAUCCACGCAUCUUCAUCUUCUUGGACAUUCGGCUGGAGCUCAUCUGCUUGCAAUGCUCUUGGCUUCGGAAUGUUUCCAGAUCCCAUGCCAUGCAUGGCAUCUGAGUGGAGUUUUUGACCUUCGGCCUCUCCUUCGAACCACCGUGAAUUCACCCCUGAACAUGGACAUGUCCUGUGCGGAAAGGAAUAGUCCGCUGCUUCACGUGCAGGGCAUGGUGAAGCACAACCCGUCGACGAUUCACCACGUCAUUGUAGCUGAGAACGAUUCCCCGAGCUUCCGAGAACAGAGCCUUGAAUUCUAUCACGCCUUGAAGAAGACUGAAGCUGUUGAAACAGACUUCAGUCUUUUGCCCCAGCUGGAUCACUUCGACAUAGUAGAAAACUUCCAGCAUGAAGACUUUUGCCUCACGCAGCAGAUUAUCCAGAAAACUGCUACUCGUAAAUAAAGUAGAGACAUUUGUGUCGGUGCUAUACCGGAGAGGAA